AGGAGACUGAACUGGAGCCUGUCCACAUUAAAGAAGAGGAGACUGAACUGGAGCCUGUCCACAUUAAAGAAGAAGAGACUGAAAUGGAGCCUGACUACAUUGAAGAGGAGUCUAUUGACUUGUUUAAGGGUUCAGAAAACAUAUUCCAGCCAAAUAUAUCGCAUCAUUAUACUGGACAUGGGAAGAGCUUCAGUCAGUCAGGAAACUUAAAAACACACCAGCAAACUCACACUGGAGAGAAGCCAUAUCACUGUAGUGAAUGUGGGGUCAGCUUCACUGUGUCAGGAAGCCUAAAAACACACCAGCGUAUUCACACUGGAGAGAAGCCGUAUCACUGUAGUGAAUGUGGGAAGAGCUUCAUUCAGUUAGGCGACUUAAAAAGACACCAGCGAAUUCACACUGGAGAGAAACCAUAUCACUGUAGUGAAUGUGGGGAGAGUUUCAGUCAGAUUGGAAGCCUAAAAAGACACCAGCGAAUUCACACUGGAGAAAAGCCUCGUCAAUGUACUGAAUGUGGUAAGAGCUUCAGUCAAUUAGGACACCUAAAAUCACACCAGCGAAUUCACACUGGAGAAAAGCCGUAUCACUGUAGUGAAUGUGGGCAGAGCUUCAAUCAGUUAGGAGUCCUAAAAAGACACCAACGAAUUCACACUGGAGAGAAGCCUUAUUACUGUACUGAAUGUGGGAAGAGCUACAGUCAGUCGGGAGACCUAAAAGCACAUCAGCGAAUUCACACUGGAGAGAAGCCGUGUCACUGUACUCAAUGUGGGGAAAGCUUCAUUAAGUUAAGAGACCUUAAAAGACACCAGCAAGUUCACACUGAAGAGAGGCUGUGUCACUCUUCUGAAUAUGGUAAGAGCUUCAGUCAGUUAGGAAGCCUACAUAUACACAAACAAAAUCACACUGGAGCCAGCCUCCCUGCCUCCCUCACAGUCCCUCACCUUUCCACCCCUCUCCAAAGUGAAAGCCAGCCUGAAUCCAGAGACACUGAGAAGGGGAGCAUGUCAAACUGAAGAAGACACACCCAUUCUUUCAGAAUUAAUUGGAGAGGCCUGGGAUUCAGCUCCACUCCUGCCACUGAAUUGGAAAUGAAUCUCGCUCAUCAUAUGUUGAGGAUUUAGGACAGUAUUACAGGGUCAUUCUACUUAGAAAGGGACACAUUGAAAUAUAUGCCAGGCUUUGAACACUUAUGUGUGGUACAAACACAACACAUUAAACAAAGUUACCAAUAACAUAUAUGAUAUUUAAAAAAUGUAAUUUGAGCUAUAAAUGGCAUUAUUCUUCCAGUGUUAGUGAGUACAGUAUACAAUACAGAAGUGAAUUGUUUAACCC